UUGUUGUCACCGUUAUAUUCAGACGCAUGCGCGUUGUAACCAGUUUCCUCAUGAAAUGUGUACCUGCGCUGCAAUCAACCUCUGAAAAUCGUUUUCUCGUCCGUCGGUUAAGCCGUUUGGGCAACUUACCUGCUACUUACAUCAUCAUCCAAUGUGACAAAGAUAUUUAUCUGCAACUUCCCUUGCUGUUUUGGACAAAUCCUCGUGGAAUACUUCGCGAACUUAGAUAUAGCGGAAGACGGCGGAAGGUGUGAGGUGAAGCGGGCAAUAUAGUGGGAAACUCCACGGAAACCUGUACAGGUACAAAAAGUUCGGUGUGCCCAUACAGUGAAGAAACGGCUAUUUUUUUACUUAUGAGGAAAAGCCAACUGCAGAGAUUACAAAAGAAGGACUUUGAUUUAUAUUUGUUGAGAAGUUUGAAGUAGCUUGGCAUAAAAAAACUGCUGUUUAAUUUUGAGAGAUAGCGGAGAAGGACCUCGGGACUAACCAUGCCACGAGCUUUUCUGGUGAAAAAAACGAACAUUUCACCUGGCAAGAGAAACUGGAGCGAUCUACCAGAUCAUGAACGCGGUGACAUUUAUAUUCCAGCCUCCAUGUCUCCCUUUGCUUCCCGAGAGGAGACAGAAGCCAGUCCGGCAGAGGUGGCCCUGUGCCUCUCCACGCGCAAGGAAAACCGCAUGUAUACAAACAACAAGAUGUACACGCAUGACCCUUGUGCAGUGGUUCCUGCAGCUGAGCUUCCAUCUUCCACUGCUCAAGGGCUGUGUUCAGAGACGGAGCACAUUCGAAGCUCACACAACAAUACAUAUGUUCGCACUAAAAUAAAGGUGACCACAGGUGAGCUUCCCAUUGAGGCCCCGCCCACUGUCCCUUCUAUAACAACAGGUCCACCUGUUUCUAUAGCAACGCCAUGCCACCAGCCGGUCACUAAGUUAUCUUCAGCGCAGGCGGGUGGUGUCUCCUAUUCGUGCCCGAUGUGUCAAAAAGUUUUCCAGUUCCAGCGCAUGCUAAACAGACACCUGAAAUGUCACAGUGAACAGAAGAGGCAUUUGUGUGAUUUCUGUGGAAAGGGCUUUAAUGACACCUUCGAUCUCAAGAGGCAUGUCCGCACACACACAGGUGUUCGUCCAUAUAAGUGCAAUCUCUGUGAGAAGGCCUUCACCCAGCGCUGCUCUUUGGAGUCCCACAUGAAAAAGAUUCAUGGUGUCACACAGCAGUACGCUUACAAGGAACGUCGCAGCAAGCUGUACGUUUGCGAAGAAUGCGGCAAUACUUCAUCCACCCAGGACGCGUUGCUGCGCCACCUUCACACUGAACAUCCCAACAGUACCCUCUUGCGGGCCAAGGGGGGACGAAGACAUUUAACAGCAGGGAACACUACCAAAGAAGAGAUGUCCGAACCUGGUUCCCCUUACUCUCUUAAUAGUGAUGAUAAUGCGGGGUCAGGAGGGCAAUAGAGAUAGGGAUGCUAAAAAAUGAAUUAUUUUUAUAAACAUUAUGAUGAUUUAUUGUUUCAGUGACAAACAUAAUGGAAGGAAUUUUUGAAAAGGGAAAAUGAAAGUGAGGUCACCAAAAUGCAUAUUUUAUUAUUAAUGUGUUUUUAUAGCAGUAAACUGAGAUUAGGUUUACAUUUUGCUGUAGAUACUGGGUGUUCUUUAUAUACACAAAAUAGAAUGCAAAAUGUCUACUGUUUAUGUAUGCACUCCUUCGGUUUACAUAUUGUUGUCAUUAUUAAAUUAUUAAAAUGUAUGUAAUUAAACACCACUCAGGAGAAACACAGAUUAAUGUGACAUGAAAUAGUUAAAUGUGUAAAAGUGUUUCAGCACUAAAAUACAUUAUGAACUCUGCAGGGGCUGAUAGGUACAUGUCAGUUUUUUUGACGUCUUAAUGUUUGAAAGGAUUUCUAAAAGGGGAAUUACGUGUUUUGAUAAUAAUUGCAGUGCUUUGUUUGUAUGUAAAAUAUUUGCAUAGAUUUAUAAAGAAUACCUUGGUGUGCUUUUUCUGGGCAGGUUUGCUAGAUUUUAUACAUUUAUCUUUAAAUAUACCAACCAUCCUGUAGCAAUGUUUGGGUUGCAUGACGUUUUUGUAC